AUGCUGGUGGAUCUGAAUGCGUUCGCGGACGAGCAUUUCGACCCCAAGGCGUGGGUCAACGAUGCCUGCGCUGCGCUCCCGCCGGAGGAACCUCCGGAGAAGUUCCUCGCGGACAUCGAAAUGAAGCUGCAGCUCUUAUCGGAGGACAUGAGCGGCGCGUUGGAGGAGCAGAGCGCGGGCGCGCUGCUGAGGGUGCCGCGCGCCGUGCGGGAGACGAAGCGCGUGCGCGACGACGCCGUGUCGCUCAAAGGCACGGUCGCCAGCAUCCUGCAGCGGCUGCAGCAGGUGGAGGCCACGUCAGCAGCGUCAGUUGCGGUGCUGGCGAAGGUGGAUGCAGUGAAGCAGCAGAUGGAAGCGGCGAGAGACACGCUCCAGUACGCGGCGGGACUGGCGCAGCUGAGCGCGUCAGUGGAGCAGGUGUUCGCCAGUGGCGACCUGCCACGUGUCGCUGAGACAUUGGCCAACAUGCGGCGCUGCCUGGAGGUGGUGGGCGAUGCACCGGAGUUUGCGGCAAACAAGAGGCAGCUGCAGUCACUGGAGGAUCGGUUGGAGCAGAUGGUGCAGCCGCGGCUCUCAGACGCGCUCACACACAGCAAGCUGGACGCGUGUCGCUCGCUGACAGGCAUCCUGGCGGCCAUCGGGCGGCAGCACACAGUGGAGGCGCUCUUCUGCCUCGUGCGCUGCCGCCCGCUCACACGCCUGUGGGAGCAGUUCGAAGUCACUGCUGUGGCUCCUGGCGCAGGCCCGCUAGCAGCAGCGUUACAAUUUCCUGAGUGGUUACCGCGCUGGUAUGAUGAGAUGCUGCUGGCCGUGGAGCAGGAGGCGCGCUGCACAGCCACCUGGGGCGGGCUGGCAUCCAGUUUCACCGCCCGCGUCGAUGCUGCCGUGUCCGAUGCUGCCGUGUCCGAUGCUGCCGUGUCCGAUGCUGCCGUGUCCGAUGCUGCCGUGUCCGAUGCUGCCGUGUCCGAUGCUGCCGUGUCCGAUGCUGCCGUGUCCGAUGCUGCCGUGUCCGAUGCUGCCUUGUCCGAUGCUGCCGUGUCCGAUGCUGCCGUGUCCGAUGCUGCCGUGUCCGAUGCUGCCGUGUCCGAUGCUGCCGUGUCCGAUGCUGCCGUGUCCGAUGCUGCCGUGUCCGAUGCUGCCGUGUCCGAUGCUGCCGUGUCCGAUGCUGCCUUGUCCGAUGCUGCCGUGUCCGAUGCUGCCGUGUCCGAUGCUGCCGUGUCCGAUGCUGCCGUGUCCGAUGCUGCCGUGUCCGAUGCUGCCGUGUCCGAUGCUGCCGUGUCCGAUGCUGCCGUGUCCGAUGCUGCCUUGUCCGAUGCUGCCGUGUCCGAUGCUGCCGUGUCCGAUGCUGCCGUGUCCGAUGCUGCCGUGUCCGAUGCUGCCGUGUCCGAUGCUGCCGUGUCCGAUGCUGCCGUGUCCGAUGCUGCCGUGUCCGAUGCUGCCGUGUCCGAUGCUGCCGUGUCCGAUGCUGCCGUGUCCGAUGCUGCCUUGUCCGAUGCUGCCGUGUCCGAUGCUGCCGUGUCCGAUGCUGCCGUGUCCGAUGCUGCCGUGUCCGAUGCUGCCGUGUCCGAUGCUGCCGUGUCCGAUGCUGCCGUGUCCGAUGCUGCCGUGUCCGAUGCUGCCGUGUCCGAUGCUGCCGUGUCCGAUGCUGCCGUGUCCGAUGCUGCCUUGUCCGAUGCUGCCGUGUCCGAUGCUGCCGUGUCCGAUGCUGCCGUGUCCGAUGCUGCCGUGUCCGAUGCUGCCGUGUCCGAUGCUGCCGUGUCCGAUGCUGCCGUGUCCGAUGCUGCCGUGUCCGAUGCUGCCGUGUCCGAUGCUGCCGUGUCCGAUGCUGCCUUGUCCGAUGCUGCCGUGUCCGAUGCUGCCGUGUCCGAUGCUGCCGUGUCCGAUGCUGCCGUGUCCGAUGCUGACGUGUCCGAUGCUGCCGUGUCCGAUGCUGCCGUGUCCGAUGCUGCCGUGUCCGAUGCUGCCGUGUCCGAUGCUGCCGUGUCCGAUGCUGCCGUGUCCGAUGCUGCCGUGUCCGAUGCUGCCGUGUCCGAUGCUGCCGUGUCCGAUGCUGCCGUGUCCGAUGCUGCCGUGUCCGAUGCUGCCGUGUCCGAUGCUGCCGUGUCCGAUGCUGCCGUGUCCGAUGCUGCCGUGUCCGAUGCUGCCGUGUCCGAUGCUGCCGUGUCCGAUGCUGCCGUGUCCGAUGCUGCCGUGUCCGAUGCUGCCGUGUCCGAUGCUGCCGUGUCCGAUGCUGCCGUGUCCGAUGCUGCCGUGUCCGAUGCUGCCGUGUCCGAUGCUGCCGUGUCCGAUGCUGCCGUGUCCGAUGCUGCCGUGUCCGAUGCUGCCUUGUCCGAUGCUGCCGUGUCCGAUGCUGCCGUGUCCGAUGCUGCCGUGUCCGAUGCUGCCGUGUCCGAUGCUGCCGUGUCCGAUGCUGCCGUGUCCGAUGCUGCCGUGUCCGAUGCUGCCGUGUCCGAUGCUGCCGUGUCCGAUGCUGCCUUGUCCGAUGCUGCCGUGUCCGAUGCUGCCGUGUCCGAUGCUGCCGUGUCCGAUGCUGCCGUGUCCGAUGCUGCCGUGUCCGAUGCUGCCGUGUCCGAUGCUGCCGUGUCCGAUGCUGCCUUGUCCAAUGCUGCCGUGUCCGAUGCUGCCGUGUCCGAUGCUGCCGUGUCCGAUGCUGCCGUGUCCGAUGCUGCCGUGUCCGAUGCUGCCGUGUCCGAUGCUGCCGUGUCCGAUGCUGCCGUGUCCGAUGCUGCCGUGUCCGAUGCUGCCGUGUCCGAUGCUGCCGUGUCCGAUGCUGCCGUGUCCGAUGCUGCCGUGUCCGAUGCUGCCGUGUCCGAUGCUGCCGUGUCCGAUGCUGCCGUGUCCGAUGCUGCCGUGUCCGAUGCUGCCGUGUCCGAUGCUGCCGUGUCCGAUGCUGCCGUGUCCGAUGCUGCCGUGUCCGAUGCUGCCGUGUCCGAUGCUGCCGUGUCCGAUGCUGCCGUGUCCGAUGCUGCCGUGUCCGAUGCUGCCUUGUCCGAUGCUGCCGUGUCCGAUGCUGCCGUGUCCGAUGCUGCCGUGUCCGAUGCUGCCGUGUCCGAUGCUGCCGUGUCCGAUGCUGCCGUGUCCGAUGCUGCCGUGUCCGAUGCUGCCCCGUUCAAGCAGCGCUAUGGGGACUAUGAGCGCGCCCAGCUGGCGGCGGAUCUGGGCGGCAUAGAUCUGAGACCGGGCGGCGCAGUGAAGCAAGUGGGGCAGCGUGGACUCGUCCUGGCGGAUGCUGUGCGGCGCAUGGAGGCGGCCAUCCCAGCAGCAAUGGCAGCACUGGAAGCAGCAGUGGAGCGCUGUCUUGCCUUCACAGGGGGCUCAGAGGCAGCAGCGCUCCUCACCGCUCUCGACCACUCCAUCCUCCUCUUCCUCUCCCGCCUCUCCUCCUGCCUCCAAUCCCUCCCCCCCAUCUGCGGCCUCUCCCCUCCCCCCGCUCCCACCCCUGCCUCCUCCACCACUCCUGCUCCAACCCGAGCCUCCGGCCCAGGCUCGGACCGAACCACCAGUUCAGUGUCCGACGAUCCGUUAGCCAGUCUACCGGACCCGGCGGGGUACGGGGGUGCAGGGGUAGGCGGGGUGGAGGAGGAGGAGGAGUGGGCGGUGGUGCAGGGAGCGCUGCAGCUGCUGAUGGUGGCAGAGAGUGUGGCGGUGCGCGUGGCAGUCUUUGAAGCCUCCCUCCGCACUGCCCUCACGCAGCUCUCCCCCCGCCUGGGCCUGGAUGCUGGGGGGGAUGGCGCAGGGGAAGGGGGAGGGGAGGGCCCGGGAGGGGAUGUGAAGAGGGUGGGGUCGGUUGGUGGCGCAGGGGGAGGGGGAGGCGGAGGGGGAGGGGGAGGGGGAGCAGGAGGGGGAGCGGAAGGGGGUGAGGUGGAUGUGGCGGUGCUGAGACUGGCGGAAUAUCCUGACAAGGCACAGCGUCUUGCUAGGCUGCUGGACGAGUUGAGGGAUCCGCGCAUCCAUGCACUCCCACGCACGGCGCAGCGCGUGAGAAGCUUCCAGGAAGCGGUGUCGUCGCUGGUGUACGACGUGCUUAUUGCCAAGGUGCGGCGGCAGCUGGCAGGGGUAUCCACAAUGCCGGACUGGGCAUUGGGAGAGGAGGAGAACGUGUUUGACCUGCCCUCUUUCAACGCAUACGCGCUACCAUACAUCACGGCCGUGGGAGAGUAUCUCCUCACUCUCCCCCAGCAACUCGAGCCUCUCGCCGUUGCUGCCUCCGAAGCUGCCCCGAGCCUGCUCCUGCAAGCUUCGGCAAGCGGUGCUUCGGCAGGCGGGGAAUCUGCAACGCCGACCGCAGCAGGGGAUGAGGAUGCGGGGGCGUAUUUUGUCCGGGAGUGGAUGACAAAGGUUGCUGACGGGGCGACGUCGCUAUUUGUGGAGCAGAUUCGGGCAAUUCCUGAGGUGUCGGACCGGGGGGCACAGCAGCUUGCAGCAGACAUAGAGUAUCUGUGCAGUGUACUGUCAGUGCUCUAUGUGGCUGCAUCGCCUGCUAUCGCGACCUUCCAAGCGUGCUUUGCCACGCCCAAGGCCAGUCUAGCGGAGUUUAUCGCUCAGGAGAGUGGUGUUGGGGGCUCACUGGAUGCCAACACGGCUCGCCUGUCCUUCAACUUCGAUGCGCUGAAAAACUUCUCCGUGCUCACCCCCUCGAUACAGUCACAUCUGCAGAAGGUCUACCUGACGCUCUCGCUGACGCUGGUCGUCGCGUCGCUAGGCGCGUACGCGCACGUGCUGUGGGGGCUCGGCGGCGCGCUCUCGUCGAUAGCGUCCAUCGCGGGCGUGCUUUGGCUCAACGCCACGCCCGCCGUACCCGCUAACGAGUCGUUUCGCUUUCGCCUGCUUCUCGCCAUCGCCUUCUCGCACGGCUGCUCGAUCGGCCCGCUCGUCGAUGCUGUUAUUCAAGUCAACCCUGGUCUGCUAGUCACAGCGUUUGUCGCAACAGCAGCCAUCUUCCUGUGCUUCUCAGGAGCAGCGCUGCUGGCACGGCGUCGCGAGUACCUGUACCUGGGGGGCUUCCUCGCCUCUGCCGUCUCCACCAUGCUCGCCCUGCGCCUCGCUUCCAUCUUCUUUGGCGGCUCUGACGCUGUUUUCCAGAUCGAGCUUUACGGGGGUCUCCUGGUCUUCUCGGGGUAUAUCAUCUACGACACGCAGGUGCUGCUGGAGAGGGCGAGGCAGGGCCACUGCGACCACGUGGUGGAUGCUCUCGAGCUGCUGCUGGACUUUGUUGCUGUCUUCGUGCGCAUCCUCUUCAUCCUGACAAGGAAGGAGGAGAGGGAGGAGGAGCAGCGGGGAUCAUCCAAGCGCAGAACUGCUGCCAGCACCUCUCGCCAACACGACAAGGGAAACGACCCGGGGAAACCAGAGCAAGCUGCCGAGGGUGCUUAUAACGAGGACGGCCCGCUGCCAGUGGUGAUUCUGCUGGACUUUGAAACGACCGGGCAGGGCACCACGCAGAACCGCAUAGUGGAGCUGGCUCUGAGGGAUGUGGCGGGUGGAUGGGGUGCAGCGCUGCACACGCUGGUGAACCCGUACCCACGGGUCAUUUCUGCCGAGGCGGAGAGGGUGCAUGGGAUCAGCAUGCGCAUGGUCAACCGCCCCUCCGUGCCCCAGGACGUGGCGGGGGGGCGGGGUGCAGCGCUGCACACGCUGGUGAAUCCGUUCCCGCGGCUUAUCUCUCAUGAUGCGGAGAGGGUGCAUGGGAUUAGCAUGCGCAUGGUCAACCGCCCCUCCGUGCCCCGCUGGCGAGACGCCGGGCGGCUGCUGGUGGACUUUGUGGAGGCCAGGCGGGCGGCGCAGGCAGGCCGGGCGGCACGGGCGGAACAGGCAGCAGUCUCAAUGCACAGCUCUGCUACCACUGGCGUCUACGUCAACACCGAGACGGGGGCAGGGAUGCGCAUGGGGAUGAUGAAUGCAGAGAUGACCGCCGCCUCUUCUGCCGCCACCUCCCUACUGCUCCCCCCGGUGGUGCUGGUGGCACACAAUGGGUGGUCGUUUGACUUCCCUCUGCUGCGCAACGAGCUGCAGCGAGUUGGGAUUGCUGUGCCUCCAGGUUGGCACUCCCUCGAUUCCAUGCGCCUCGUGCAGAGACUCUUCAAAGGUAUGCUGUGGCUCUUUGAAGGUGCGCUGCUGAUCUCUGCUGCCCCCGGUGGUGCUGGUGGCGCACAAUGGGUGGUCGUUUGA